CGGGGCAGAUAGAAGUGAACCUUUGACUGAAAAGUCGCACCUAAGCAUUAGCAUUUAGAUUGCCUGCUAAAGCUACAGUGCUCGUGCCGGUCGACCACAAUCUGAAGUCCAUUUGCGAUCAACAUGACGGCAGCGGAAGAAGCCAACUUUGUUCUUUACGGCGGACCAGAUCCGAUGGAAUUGCUGCAGGAUGAAUCGCUCGGGGAGAUGAUCAUUCGGGACUUGAAGCUGCGACCAGCUAAUAUUGGCCUGAUUGAUCCGCACACUAAAAAGGAGAUGAGUUAUGAGGAAAUAUUGGAGAAAUCCGUCAAUGUGGCAACUGGACUGCUGAAACUGGGUGUCAAAAAAUCCGACACGGUAGCGAUUGUUAGUGAAAAUUGUUUGCAAUAUUGUUUGGCGAUGUUCGGAACAAUCUUUAGUGGGGCUACAUUAGCACAGUUUAACCCAGCGUACUUAAAAGAUGAACUCGAGCAUGCAAUUAACAUGACGAAACCGAAAAUAAUAUUCGUAUCCUCCGACGUCGCAAAUAAAGUAUCCGCCGUGAAUCGAAAAAAUCAAUAUGCAAAACAGUUGAUUAUUUUCGACGAAAACGGUAUUGUGCCAGAUCGUUCAUUAUCCUUCACAACCCUGAUCAGUCAACAGACGGUUGAUGUACAGAACUUUCACCCCGAACCGGUGGACAAGCAAAACCACGUUGCGCUAAUUUUACUAUCCUCCGGAACGACUGGACUGCCGAAAGGAGUGCAGCUGACUCAUGCCAACAUUAUGACAACGAUCGCGCAUUCCAAAGAGCAAGCAAAGCUGUUCGAACUACCGGAGCAACUGGUGGCACUGGCUGUAACGCCUCUCUUUCACGUUCUGGCCAGCGUAGGCCUGAUCAACAUGGUCACCAACAAUUGUCUGUGUGUUUUACUGUCCAAAUUUGACGCUCGAUUAUUCCUGGAAAGUAUUCAGCGAUACAAGGUCAAUCUUAUGUCCGUCGUUCCACCAUUGAUGGUAUUUCUGGCGAAACAUCCCAUGGUGGACAGUUACGAUUUGUCCUCGCUGAUAAACCUAUUCUGCGGAGCUGCUCCGCUUAGUAAGGAAAUAGAGGACCAGGUUCGGGAGCGGUUAGGUAUUGCUUUUGUGCGGCAGGGCUAUGGAAUGACGGAAACUACCUACGUCAUGCUUAUGCAAAGUGGCUUUGAAAACAAACCCGGUUGCGUGGGAAAGAUUCGAAUGGGUCAAUGGGUGAAGGUGAUUGAUCCGGACAGUGGAAAAAUUCUGGGACCGAACCAGCGGGGCGAGCUGUGCUUCAAAGGUUCGCUGAUCAUGAAGGGCUACGUCGGAAAGGAGAGUGCCAUCGAUGCCGACGGGUGGUUGCAGACCGGUGAUAUCGGGUACUACGACGAGGAUGAGGAUUUUUUCAUCGUGGAUCGGAUUAAGGAGCUCAUCAAAUACAAGGGCUUUCAAGUUGCACCCGCAGAAUUGGAGGCCAUUCUCUUGGACCAUCCAAAGGUGAAAGAUGCCGCCGUUAUUGGUGUUCCAGAUGAACGGGUUGGGGAGCUGACGACGGCAUUUGUCGUGAAAGAACAUGACGAAAGCGUAAAUGAAGGGGAAAUUGUUCGAUUCGUUGCUGAACGCGUUUCACCGCAAAAACAGCUACAUGGUGGGGUGCGGUUCAUAUCGCAGGUACCGAGGACAGCUAGCGGGAAAAUUUUGCGCAGGAAACUUAGAGAUAUGGUUGCCGAUGGAAAUCGGGCUAAAUUGUAAUCAAUCCAACCAUCUAUGUAUUGAUCCAGAAGUUGUGUAAUUAAAUUGCCAAAGCUUGCUUAUAUUUCAGCGAGCGAGUAUAAAACCAAAUAGCUAGCGAAGGUUUAUGUUUACCUAAAAGGUUGCGUAAAUUUUAUUUGUGGUAUCAGUAGGUAGUUGAUAAGCCUGGACAUGUAACUUUAGAA